GCGGUAUCCGGAUCGACGAAGCCGCCGUUGGCGUGGGAAUUACGCAGUAGUACCCGCAGAGGCAGGAAGCAGCAUGCUCUUCGGCCCGCAGGUCCCCGUGGCGCCGACGCGGCCGGGCCCGUCGAGCGGCGACAGCUUGAGCAGCUCGGUGACGGCGACGUCGACCGUGACCCUGGACGACGGCGCGCCCGUCGAGCGUAAGAAGAAGAAGAAGCGCAAGGACAAGGACGCAUCCCGCAAGAGCCUCGACGAGAAGGACCGCCCGCCACGCACCAAGCGCGACCGCAUCAAGAAGCCAUCGCAGUCGCUGCCCGUGGCCGAGUCGCCGUCGUCCGCCCAAGACAUCUCGGCCAUGUACCCGAGCGUGUGGAAGAUCUUGAAGUACCGGCGCAAGACGACCGCAGGCUCGAUGCACAAGCCCGUCUGCGUCACGGGCGUCGAUGGUUUCUUGGCGGCUUGGAUCGUCGCCGAGCUUCUCUUACGUGGGUACAAGGUCCGUGGCACGGUCCAGAACAAGAGCGACGACAUCUCCAAGCUAUACGAGCUCCCCCAUGCCAAGAAGAACUUGACGAUCGUCGAGACAUCGCUCCUCACCGCGCAAUCGUGCGACUUGGCCGUUGACGGCUGCGACUUUGUCAUCCACACGGGCACGCCCACGUCGUGCUCGGUGCGCGACCCGUUCUCGGAGCAAAACGAGCCUGGCGUGUACAGCAUUAGCAGCCGCGUCCACUGCAUUGUGCCCAUGAUGAAUAACUUUAUCACGGCCUGCAUUCGCGCCAAAGUCAAGCGCGUGGUGCUCACGUCGUCGGUCGCCGCCAUGGCCGACCAUGUGGAUAUGAACACAAAGAUUGACGACCUUUCGUGGAACGUGACGUCGUCGCUCGAGCGCAACCCGCACUUUUUGAGCCUCAAGCUCGCCGAGGAAGCCGCGUGGCAGCUCGUCAAGAACGAGUCGAUGGAGCUCGUCACGGUCAAUCCGGGGACGCUCAUGGGGCCGUCGCUCUGCAACGACAAGAUCUCGCCCGGCACGCAGAUUGUGUACGACUUGAUCACGGGCCAGUACUCGGCGCUCGUCGACUUCAAUUACGCGCUCACGGACGUGCGGGACUGCGCGGCCGCCCAUGUUCUCUUGCUCGAAUACACGGAAGCGAGCCACCGCUACAUUUGCGUCAACCGGACGGUCUGGAUGAAGGAGAUUGUCCAGACGCUCGCCCAGAACGGCUACAGCGGCCGCAACCUGCCGUACCAAGUCGGCCUUCCUGGCUGGGUCGCCAUGCUGCCAGCGUACGCGAUUCAGCUCGGACAAGUCGGCGUGUCUUUGUACCCGGACGACCCAAGCCGCGCGGCCGCGUCCCCGUACUCGAACGCGCGGCUCCUUGACGUCUUUCGCUUCAACGACAUUCAGCAGUUUCGACAAGUGAGCGUCACGAUCCUCGACGCGGCGGCCGAUCUGCUCAAGUGGAAGCUCAUCAAACCGUGGGCCGAGGACAAGGUCGCCACUGCGUGCACGUGCUGCCAGGCGCUGUUUACCGUCGUGCGGCGGCGCCAUCACUGUCGCGAGUGCGGCGACCUCGUGUGCGGCAAUUGCUCCAUGUCGCGCGCGAUCGUCGAGGGCUUUGAAGACGCCAAGCAGCGCUUUUGCGACCCGUGCGUGCGCAAGUCGAUUCCCUUCUCGCUCGAGAAACUGAGUGCGCCGACGGCCGACGUGGCGCAGCAACGCAAGGCCGCGAUCGUCCUCGAGUCGCUCCUCGACAACCAAAACAACCACGACUUGUUUGCGCGCGGCGGCGGCAUUCCUGUCAUUCUCCACGCACUCCACGCAUCGGACGACGUGGUGACGGUCCACGCGGCGCACACGCUGCAUCGGCUCUCGCAGCGGCUCUCGAGCGCGCUCCACCUCGUGCUCGAAGGCGCCGUGCUGCACAUGCUCGAGAUGGAAGAAGGCUCGGCGACGUGGCGCGCGUGCCUCCAAGCCAUGCGCAACAUUUGGCGCUACAUUAGCCGUGAAGACUUUCGCACGAUGCUGUAUGCGUCGCUGCGGCUCACCAACUCGACGGCGAUCGGCAAAUUUAAAGGCAAUGUCAUGUUGACGCUGGUGCACAUGCUGGACCCGUCUGAGUGGCCGCGGCUGCUGCCCGAAGGCCUCCUCUCGGUGCUUCUGCUGCUCUUGAAGGCGCCGGAUGCCUACUCGCACCGCACGGUGGCCUACGCAAUCAAGCACAUGUUGCCGUCGACCUACUUUCCCGACGUGGCGAUCACGUACCCGGUGCUUCGCGAGGCGUACGACCGUGAAGUCGAGCUUGUCGAUGUGCAGUUUGUCGUCGAAGGCCGACUCAUUGGCGCCAACCGCGUCGUCCUCAGCGUCCAGAACGCCUACUUCAAGUCGCUGGUACGUUUUCUUCUCUUUCGUCUUUAUCGUCUGAGUGGACCGGGCGACGUGGUGGAGAUUGAAGACUGCUCGUACGCGACGCGCUUAUCAACUUUCUGGUGCGGUUACACGGAGGACGUGGCGAUCGACCUCCACAACGCGUGCGAUCUCCUCGUCGCUGCGUCGUCGUACCACGUGCCCGAGCUCCAGAAGCGCUGCGAAAAGUUCCUCGCCGAUGAAAUCUCGAUUGCGAACGCCAUGACGGUGUGGGCACUUGCCGACCAGUGCCAAGCCGACGACCUCAAGCGCGCGGCGCUGCCGUUCCUGCUCAAGCACAUUUGCGGCGUUGCCAAGACGGACGGCUUUGCCGACAACCAUGUCUGGGUCGCGGACGAGCUCAUUGAGGAGCUCUGCAAUGCGAUGGGGCCGCGCUGGGUGCGCGAGUGGCGUGCGUUCCACGCUGCCCACGACGAGCCCCAAGAAGCGGACGACGAGCAUGACGAGCCCGAGGUCGACUUGUCGCCGACGUCGGCCAAGCUUGUGGACGCGCCGCGCGCGAGCGAUGUCUACUCGGAGUCGUCGUCGAUGGGCGACGACCUCAUGGAGGGCAUCUGCUGA